AUGUCAGACAUAGUCGACAUUCUUGAUUCAACAACUAAUAAUGAUUCGAUAAAUAUAAAUGUUGAUGAUGAUUCUGAUGAAAGUGGUGAAACACCAUUUCAACGUCUUGUUCGUCUUCAUGCAUCACCUUCAAAUUAUAAUGAAAGAAAAAAUGCCGUCAAAUAUAUAUUAGAUGCACUUCGAUUAGUUAAUGAUCUUGAAAGUUUAUAUGAAAUAUUAUCAUGUACUAAAAAAUUAGCUGAUGAUAUUGUAACACAAGUUCAAAUUGAUACAUUAGAAAAAUUUAUUUCAAUUAUUGAAUAUUUAAUUGGGAAUGUUGAAAAUGGUGAUGUACUUAUAAAAGAAUAUUUAUUUCAAUCAAUUAUACAAACAAUUGGACAUUCAAAUAAUCGAAUUCGAAAAGCAAGUCAAUCAGCAUUAAUUCGUUUAUUUGAAAUGGAUCAAAUAAAAAGUGAUGAAAUUGAACGUGAUAUAAUACCAUCAUUAUGUCAAUUAGAUCGAGCUUGUGAUGAUUUUAAAAAUGAAUCAAUUCUUUUAAUGACACGUUUAACACAAUAUAUAUCAAGUGAAUUAGUAUUAAAAUAUUUUGUCCCAACAAUAGUUCAACAAUCAUCAUCAAUUGCAUUUCAAACAAGAAAGACAUGUGCCACAUCGAUUGGUGAUUUAGCAACAGUUAUUCCAUCAUCAGCAGUUGAUCAAUAUCUUGUCCCUUGUAUAUCAAAUUUAUGCUCGGAUCCAUUUUGGGGUGUUCGUAAAAGUUGUGCUGAAGUAAUUCAUCCAGUAGCUCAAGUAUGUUCAAAAGAAUCCCGUUGGAACAUAUUAUCUCCAUGUUUAAUACAACUUUUACAAGAUCAAUCACGUUGGGUUAAAACAGCAGCACUUCGUGUUCUUGGUUAUUUUAUAUCAACAUUUGCUCAAACAAAUGAAGAUAAACAAAUAAAUUCAACAAAAAUAAAUAACGAACAAAUAAAUGAUUUAUCAGUUCAAGUUGAACAAUCAAUUCAAAUAAAUGAAUCUGAUAAAUUUAAUGAUUUUAAUUAUUGGAGAGAACCACUUUUGACAAAUAUUGAUUUUAAUCAAGAUCUUAUGGAAAAUUUCACUUCAACAACACGUAAACAAUCACUUCUUGAAAUAUCAAAAACUUACGAUCCAGAUAGUAUUAAUAAUAUUCUUCCAAUUGAAUUAUUAGAUUUUUAUACAAGUAUUAUUGAACAAUCACAUUCAAGUGGUGUAGAAACUGAUAUUGUUCAUCAAGGUGCACAUACAUUUCCUGCUGUUGCAUUAACACUUACAAAUAAAAAUUGGCAUCUUAUUAGAGAUUUACAUAAAAAAUUUGCUGAAGAUUUACAAUGGAAAGUUCGUCGUACAUUAGCAUAUUCUUUACAUGCUCUUGCAGAAAUUUUAACUGUUGAACAAGUUGAAGAAGAUUUAUGUCCAAUAUUUGAUUCAUUUUUUCGUGAUGUUGAUGAAGUUAAAAUAGGAAUACUUUCAAAUUUAGCACGAUUUUUAAAAGUUCUUCAAUUAUCGACAAGAAGAACUUAUUUAGAUAAAUUAACUUAUUUAACUUGUGUUGAUAAUCAAAGAAAUUGGAGAUUUAGAUUCGAAAGUGCUAAUCAAUUAUAUGAAUUAACAUCAUUAUUUUCAUCAGUGGAUGUUGGUGAUUAUAUAAGUCCUCUUACAUUUGGAAUGGCUGUUGAUAAAGUAGCUGAUGUUCGACAUGCUGCUAUUAAAGCGUUAUCUGGUUGUUAUUCAAAAUUUAAUAGUGAAAAUGCUCAAAUUCAAACAGAAGUAUUUCUUGAUGAUUGUCAUCGUGUAUUUGCUUCAUCACAAGAUUGGAAAUUACGUCAAGUUUAUAUAAAUUUAUGUGAAUCAAUAUAUAAAUUACAUGUUGAUACACCUGAUCAAUAUGCAUUAAGAUUUCUUGGAAGACUUUUAUCAUUAAAAGAAGAUCCUGUUGUUAAUGUUCGUCUUUCACUUGGAACAUUUAUUUAUCAAAAUUUAAUUAAUAAUGAAUUUUAUAUUGAUUUAUCAGAUGAUUGGAGAAGUCAAAUAGACGAGUGUCUACAAAUAUUAUUAGUUGAUCGUGAUCGUGAUGUACGUGCAUCUGUUGGUGGAGUUUAUGAAGCACGUGGAACUCCUUUAUCAUCCGAGAUUUUAAAUGAUGAUUCAGAUAGUUCAAUACAAAAUAAUACAAUUACACUCGGUGAUGAACAACAAAAUCAAUCUUAA